GUUGUGUGCCCUCAGCCGCUGAAGUGUCUAUGAGGAGGAGAAGGCGGAAGCGAUGCUGAAGUAGCGCGGGAUGCUGUGGGGUGAAAACAUCGUGGGAGGAAGGCUCAGAGCGAACCAGCGGGUGGUGAAACACGAAUGGCUUCUUCGGAGCUGCUUCCCGCAGAUGAGAGGGGCAAACAGCCUGAUCCUCCCGACGUCCUUGACCGGGUUUCCAGCACUCUGCAUGUCCGCAAGUCAGGCGGAUCAACAGGAGGAACAGGGGAGGGCGACUGUAACCCGGCCCGCAGCUGCCAUGGCCGGUGUCAUUCAGCUGCACCAAGGACGGCGCCGCGCAAGGGAGGCGCGGAGGUUAAACUCGGUCACCUCGGCGAGGAGAAAGUCCGGGUGUGUUGCGACGAGGAAUUAGAGACAUCUUUCACCUAUAUUGAUGAGAAUGUUAACCUACGACUGGCCAGUCCGGAGACUAGUUGUAAAAGUACUCACAGACCCAUGCGCAACGGUGAGCCUUGUUCCGAGACUUUCCCGGAGCUUUCCUUCAUGUCCGAGGAUGAUCUCUCCUUCGGCGAGGGCCCCGGGACUUCUAUAGACUACGGGUUUAUCAGUGCAGUCACGUUCUUAGUGACCGGGAUCUCCUUGGUGAUCAUCUCCUACGCCGUGCCUCGGGAUGUGGUGGUGGACCGUGACAGCGUGUCGGCGAGAGAGAUGGAGAGGCUGGAGAUGGAGAGCGCCCGGAUAGGUGCCCACCUGGAUCGGUGCGUCAUAGCUGGACUAUGCCUGCUCACGCUGGGCGGCGUGGUGCUCUCUACGCUGCUCAUGAUCUCCAUGUGGAAGGGAGAGAUGUACAGGAGAAAGGUGAUCGCUUAUUCCAAGCGCUCUGCCAAACUGUACGGCUCCAUCAGCCUGAAAACUAGAUCCAGUCCCAGUCACUCUUCUGCGCACUUGUCACUAGAAGAGAACAUGGAUGAAACUUUGGCUUAAAAUGCUGCUCUGUGUAUAAACAUUUUGUGUAUAACUGAGAAUUAAUGCCAUCCACACACAUUCUCUAAC